AUGCCUCGUCCAGGGGGCGCGAUGCCGAACGAUGUAAUCGACCUUGUCAGUGAUGAUGAAGACAUUUCACACCUAGUGCCAGUAGCCGAUCGAAACAACUUCCUUCCUCCUCCCAUCGCGAUUGCUCCGAGAGAGGUAACCCAAUCCUCUAUCUUCAAUGGACUUCCUGACCCCACCGAGUUCCCAAGCAGAGUCAACGCGCAGAGCAGGGCUGCCGGAGCUGGGAUGAUGGUUUCAGUACCGCAGUACGGAUCUAUACCACCUGGGUCGUCUCGACAAACAUUUGUGCAUCCAACUCCACGUGUCAAUGGAGUCAAUAAACGUAUGGGUGUGGGCCAGCUUCCAGGAUUUCAGCCUUCCCAGGGCUAUAGGGAUGAAAAUGCUGGUACUGGCGUGUCUAGUGGAAGUCCCGAGCCAAAUGCGAUGAACGCCAGCAAAAAGCGAAGAAAGUUGGCAACCGGAUUGCCGCAGCCAGCUCUGCAGACUGGACGUAUUUCUUCUGCGCCAAUCCUCCCACCUACUUUCGCAAAUAGUCAUCAACAUCAAGUAGCAUCCCCAAGUCCUCGGAUGAGCAACGGUGCCCAACCAGUCAUUCCAGCCAUUGGCGGCAGGUCAGUCAUAACAGGCAUUGACCGGGCACAAGCAAGUGUUAUGCCGCCGCCGAUGGAGCCAGAAAUGAAGAGAGUGUUGGAGACCCAGAUACUUCCUCACGUCCAUACAGCAGUGCGCCCAUAUCGUGAUACCCUCACCCAUGCCGAACGUACGGAGAUUGGACAGUUUGCAGCCUCACGACUAGUGACCGUCCCCGGGUUUAUGGCACAUUAUUUGAAGAACAAGAAAACCUUGACACCUGCUUUUGAGAGCCAAAUGAAGUUGAACGCUUAUCAUUUUGUGAACCAGGGAGUCGAAAAGAUUGUGGAUCGAAGAAUAAAGGAAUUAGAUCCUACAGGUUCCAGACGGCGCCAAUAUAAUGAGGAGAACCUCGCAAAACUCGCAAAUCUCGGGACUGCAAAUCUCGAGACCUCUGAUGAAGGAUCGACGCCCCAGAGCGAAGAACUUGAGCAACCCCCCCUGAUCCAAAAACGGCGUCGCGCCAUUUCGAUUUCGUCGUCAACAUCUUACAGCAACGAUCACACUGAUACCGAGGCCAGUAAGCAGAAUGCACAGGAUUCGGAUAUGGGCCGUUCCCGACGAGCCGCUGCACAAUUACCCAAAGGAGCGUACGAGCAGAAGAGGCGAAAGCGUCGAACGAAGGAAGAGAUGGCGGCUGCCCGUGCUAGCAGCCUACAAGUCUCUGAGAGCGACAGCCGCACCGCUAUGUCCUCUACCAUGGCACAACCUGUCCGAUCAGCGCCAGUUCAACGGAUCCAAGAGAUCAAGCCCAGACGGAAAAGGAGAACGAAGGCUGAAAUGGAAGAAGCUCGGCGCCAAGAAGCGGAAUUAUCUGGCCAUCAACGGACUGUCAAGAAGCAAAGAGACCAAAUCGCUGGGCUCUAUCAGAAUGCAGCAUUAAGCUCGCAUGCUGGAAUCCAAGAUGAGCAGGCGGCCUUGGCACAAAGCAAUGUCACUCGACUACAUACCCAGCAAUCGGUGACCCAGCCAAACUUCUUCUCGGUACCCAUUCGUGGUUCGACCAUGGGUAGCGACUUGAAGCCCUAUGUGCGAAACGCAACUCGAAAGGACAUAAAUCGAGCGCUGUCUCAGCUGGAAGCAGGUGAGGAUGUUCUGUCCGAGCUGGACGAGAUCAACUCCGACUCUUUUCAUGUCCCAUUUUCGUCAGAAGAACUCUUUCAGCUUCGCCAAUUCCUCAUCGACGAGUAUAAGAUGAGUGCGGGUCACCGCUUCCCUGAUCCCGCCGAUCAGAUCGCUAGAUUCAUGAAGAGCAACAAAGUUUCGCUUCCAAAGAUGUUAAAAAGGCUCGAGCAACCCAAUUAUGGACGAAGGAAGAGUCGGCUACUUUACACUCGGAGCAUUGCAGCAAUUUCCAAUUUUCUAGCAGAUAAUUCUGCUCAGGCUGUCGUGACACCUUCUGAGUUUCCUGCCAACAACAGGGAACGAAGAGUUACCUCACAAGACCUCAUUUCACUUUUGAGGGCUCGCGAAGGGUACGGAAUGACUCCUGACAGGUCUCGUCGAGCUCGGAGUUCCUUCAAGGUAGUCGCAAAUAGCUACGUGGAAGAUGCACUCGUUCGGCAAAGCGAGUGGACUGACUGCUCUGGUGACAUAUCAUCCAUUACUUGGACUGGUCCGGAUUCAUUCAUUUGUGGUGCACUAGCUCAUUCGGACUCUCACAACAUGCAAUACAACAAACCUGGAAACCUUAUGGUCGGCUCAAUUUCAAACGAUACUGUGAAAUUAUACUCCGAUCAUAGGGUUGUCCGACCCAUCGUUGAUAAUGAAGAAGAAAAGGAGAAUGCAAAUGCGCUAGAUUCAAUGCGAACCACCCAAUCACCAUGGAUGUACGAGUCUGUCGUGUCGACUACGCACUGCGAGAAGAACGGAUUCUCUUUUACGGCGAGCUUUGAUAAGACGGUCAAGGUCUGGUCCGUUUCUGAAACUGGCUCUGGCAUGUCUCUUCAUGGCACUUGGCAACAUGAUGAAAAGGUCAAUUUUGUUGCUGCAUCGCCUCAUCACGAACGAAUCGCAACUGCUUGUGCAAGUAAUGGUAACGCUGUUCGAGUUUACAGCUUCGACAGUAGUGCGAUCUCACAGUCUUCUUACGACGAAUAUUGUGGUGAUAGAUCUGGAGAGCCUGCUGACGAGUUGGGAAAUCACGCAAAGUGGUCGUACCAACCUGCCACCAUGCAAUGGGGCAAGGCCUCUGGGGUCGUGAACUUUUUGCUCGUCGGCUAUUCUCCUCGAAGUAUCACCGGGAACGAUAAUGAUGUCCCGGAGCUAAAGAGAAACAGUGGCGAAAUUUGCCUAUGGAAUACCAGCAAUAAAGAACAGAUCCUCAUUAUUGCAGCGAAGACUCAGAAUGUCUUCGAAGUCAUUUGGCAUCCAACGCAGCCAAUUUUCCUUGCAGCAACCUCCCCUCACGGCCCGUGCGAUUUGACCAAGACGAAAACACAGGUUCGAAUAUUUCAUCAACAAGAAACCGGUACAUUUUCAAACGUGAAAACUCUGGAUUGUCCUGGUAUUGAUAUCAACGAGUUGACAGUCAAGGCAAAUAGCCAGGUCGAGUGCUUCGUGACCGCUAGCUGUACUAAUGGAUCAACUUAUGUCUGGGAUACUGGUCGCAGUGACCAGCCUUAUCAUGUUCUUGACCACGGUGAAAGUCUCGACAAUCCGGAUCCUGACGUUCCACUUGACGUUGGCGAUUCUGGAGUCAAGUUUGCAGCCUGGGGAAGAUCUGCCGAUCGAUUCUACACUGGUGGAUCGGACGGUGUUAUCAAAGCAUGGGACAUUCGAGCUGUUGAUGGUAAUACCCUCGUGCGCGAUGUCAUGACGAUAUCUGGUGGUAUCUCGACUGGCGUCUUCAACGAAGAUUGCUCCAAAUUACUCAUCGGAGAUGCAACAGGGAAAAUUUACCUACUGAGCGUUGAUGAUAGCGACGUUCGUGAGGACUCGAAGCCCACAGCUCUUUCUACUGCCCCACGCCUUGCUAUUGGCAGUCAACUGUCGCGUGCUAUCAGGCGACCAAAGGUUGUCAUUCCACAUGCUGAGCCCGAUCCUCCAGCAGGAUACGUUGUUGAAAAUGUCGAGAAGACCGGCCCAGAGAUCGCUCAGGAAUAUCUUGAAAGUGGCCAAAUUGUUCGGAUUAAGGAGCCGUACAAUUUUGUCUACCAAGGACCCUUCUACUCACAGAUGUGUCGCUACAAUAGCGAGGCCCAUGUUAACGGUGAUCCAAAUCAGAGGCUCCUUGACGAAAUUUGGGCCGUUCAACAAUGUAACAUCAAAAGUCAGCGAGAGUUGCCAAUCCACACAGAACUGCCCAUUCCUAUGUCCUCGUCAGAUAUUACUCAGCACCAGAAAAAUCUCGAGAAGAACAAGCGAAACUUCUAUCUGAAGACCGGUUUCGCAUGGGACCCAUCCGAAAUGAGUCCUGAGCUCUGGCAUUUACUCGACAACGGGAAACUGCUUGAACUUGCGGAAGACGUCGUCUACGAGCACUCAUUUGAGCCUACUCCACGAUUUGGCAUGUUCAAGGCUUGGCCGAAGUAUACGCAGUGGAUCCGGGAGGGUGAAGAUGAGAAUAGUAGACUGACGCAUGUUGAGGAAGAUGAAGGUUUGGUGGAUGAUGAUGAGUCAUUCGUGCCCGAUCAAUCAGCGGAUUUUACUUCUUUCAUUACAUACGAUAAUGCAUAA